AGGCCCUUGCUUAGAACAAGGGAAACAGCUCUGAAUCAGAGGAACUAGAAGCCUCUCCCUCAGUGGUGGGGAGAGAACCCGCUGUUUUCUAGGGAACUGUGGAAUGUGCCCUGGGGGGCCCAAGAAAACAAAAGGAAGAUGCUCCAGACCAGUAACUACAGCCUGGUGCUCUCCCUGCAGUUCCUGCUACUGUCCUAUGACCUCUUUGUCAAUUCCUUCUCCGAGUUACUCCGAAUGGCUCCUGUCAUCCAGCUGGUGCUUUUCAUCAUCCAGGAUAUUGCAAUCCUCUUCAACAUCAUCAUCAUUUUCCUCAUGUUCUUCAACACCUUCGUCUUCCAGGCUGGCCUGGUCAACCUCCUGUUCCAUAAGUUCAAAGGGACCAUCAUCCUAACAGCUGUGUACUUAGGCCUCAGCAUCUCCCUGCAUGUCUGGGUCAUGCAUCUACGCUGGAAAAACUCCAACAGCUUUGUUUGGACAGAUGGACUUCAAACACUAUUUGUAUUCCAGAGACUAGCGGCAGUGCUGUACUGUUACUUCUACAAACGGACAGCUGUGAGACUGGGCGACCCUCGCUUCUACCAGGACUCUUUAUGGCUGCGCAAGGAGUUCACGCAAGUCCGAAGGUGACCUCUUCUUGUCACACUAAUGGAUGCCUUACCUUCCUGAUAGAAGCCAUGUUUGCUGCUCUGCAUUGAGGGUUGUCCCUAUGCACCAGGAAGCAGCUGGAUUUUCCUAGGAGGGCUCAGGCCAGUUGUGUUCAGCAUUCAGGAAGGAAGAUCCUCCCUCUUGCAAAUUGAAGUGUUCCCCAACAGACUCUAACACAUAAUUCCUGCCUUGCCUCCCACCUCAGUUCUACCUACUUUCCUUCCUUUCCUGCUCCGUACUGUUCAUUUUCUCCGCCCCUCUUUCUUAUAGAGGGCUCUGUGGCUCUUACCCUUGUGAAGCUUUUCAUUUAGCCUAGGACUGGAGGACCUCCCAGCCCCCACUUUCCUUGCACCACACACGAGUGACUGAAGGAUGUGAAGAGUGAUAGUUAUGUGCUCCUGACCGAUCACACCUUUGACAUCUAGAUUUUAUACCCAAGGUACUUUUUUUACAUUUUAUAAAUAGGA